AUGAGCAAAGAGACGCGUAAGCAACACAGGAAAUCCGCAGCCAUCAGAAGUACCAUGUCUCGGCUGUGUUCUUCGUGACCAGUGUCGUCAGGCCUGCCGGUGCUGGAGAGCUUCUGGGACAAGUACACCUACAUCAAGGUGUACGAGGAGGACCUCCGCGGCUUCGGGCACGAGACCAUCGUGUCGUUCCGCAACUCCGUGUACUCGGACGGCCCCACCCGAAGAUUCCAGCUCGACAACUUCCUCGCUCAGCUGCAUCGCGACCGGUCCCUCCCCUACGAUAAGAAGGUCAAGAAGAUCAAGAGCUUUAGCUACCUGUACCAGACAUUCUGUGACCUCUACGUCAAGAUACACAAGUAUCUGAACGUCAUGGCUGACACAACUCUACACACCAGGGAGGAGGUCGAAGAGAGACUCACCACAGGCAAUGAGGUGCGUGAUCGAUUCAUGCAUUGCAUGAUUGAUAUUGACACAAACGCAGACAGACAGAAGGACGGGGGCUCUAUAUUUCCGCUGCUGUGCUGUGUGUGUUGGAUGUAGUUGGAGGCUGGUAUUGCGUCCCACCCGCAGGAGUUCGAGGGCCACAUCGCCAAGUCUGGCAUCCCGCCAGCCGGCGGCGAGGGGGGCGGCGUGAGGCCGACGGUGCCGUCCAUGUUGAUGCAGUCGCUGGUGCCGUUCCUGGUGAAGCUGACGUCAAGAUGGCCUCCGCCAAUGUGAGCGACCGCACCAGAUACCCACACAUCAAUCAGGUGAGUACCUGCAAUGCACGCAAGGCAGGCAAGGCAGGCAUGAGGAAAAGCUGGAUGGGUUGCCGUUAGAUGGACCGACUGGCGUGUGGGCAUGGUGGUUGUGCAGUUGUAUGACGCAUUGACUGGCCAAGGGGGCCAUCCCGAGGUCGUCACUUACGCCGAGAGCGUCGACACGGGCAUCUUCUUCAAGCGCCUCUUCCCGCGAACCAAGACCAGGAAGGUGGACUCGGACGAGGGCAGCGACAGCAUCGAGGACAGCGACGGUGACGAGUACAGGUACUUUGGCUCCUUCAUCCGUCGGCUGCCCUUGAGCAUGGCGCCGCCUUGCCCGCCCGGCGGUGGUGUGAGCAAGCAGGCCCAGAAGAGACACCCGACUCAAGCUCGACAAGAUGCGUGGCAUCGCCCGUCAGAAUUUGCAGGACUACGCGGCCAGCAUUGUGAAGGCACAGAGUGCCGGCACUGGGGGCGCAGGUCAGACAAGCGAUGAAUGAGGGGGUCGGAUGUGCCUGGUUGUCUGUGUCCGUUUGUGUGUCAGGUGCUGAUGGUGUCAGGGGGGCCUCUAGUCCGUCGCCGCUUAGUGCCCUCGACAACCACACCAAUCCACUGCCAUCGACUGCCGCUCCAACACUCUUCGCUGACCCUGCUGCUGCCUCGUAA